AUGGACAUUGAACCGUUGAGAAUUGAAAUUCUUAGAAGCCCAGCUUAUUGUAUGAUAAUUGAAGAGGAGCCUAAUGGAGAGCCAUGGUAUCAUGACAUCUUAGAUUAUCUUCAGAAUAGCGAGUUUCCCCAAGAGAGCGACGCGUCGAACAGAAAAUAUCUAACAAAGUUGGCAUCGAAAUUUUUUGUCAAUGGAGGUGCACUUUACAAAAGAUCCUUUGAUUCGACGUUACUAAGAUGCGUCAAUGCCAAGGAAACCAAUCGCUUGAUGAAGGAAAUACAUGAAGGGGACUAUGGCCCCCACAUGAAUGGUCACCUCUUGUGGGGAAUCGACGUGAUCGAGCCCAUCAAUCCCAAGGCGUCAAAUGGACAUCGAUUCAUCUUGGUGACAAUCGACUACUUUACGAAGUGGAUUGAAGCCAACUCGUACGCCAAUGUCACAGCCAAGAAUGUGGCCAAGUUUAUUCGUAGCGAUAUUAUUGCCCGAUAUGGUGUGCCGAAGUCGAAGCUUGAUGAAACCGAAUGGAUACAACAAAGGCAUGAGUCGCUAAACACGAUUGAUGGGAAGAAGCUGAAAGCUAUAUGUCAUGGUCAAUGCUAUCAAAAGCGGGUCACGAAGGCCUUCAAUCAGAAGGUUCGUCCUAGGCACUUUGAGGUCAAUGACUUGGUGCUAAGGAAAGUGUUGCCAAUCAUCCUUGAUCCUCGUGGCAAGUUCACCCCGAACUAUGAAGGACCUUAUGUCAUUAAGAAGAUCCUCCCGGGUGGUGCUAUGGUUUUGGUUGAAAUGGACAGCCGUGAGCUGUCGAAGCCUGUAAAUACUAAUGUUGUCAAGAAAUAUUUCCCUUGA